ACCAUUUUUAGGUUCUUGACUUGUAACAGCAGCGGCGGCGAUACCGUGGUGUGUACCGAAAAUGGAUACGACGACGUUCAAUUCUUCAAACUUCACCGCCGUUCCUGGUUCCCUAGGGUUACGAAACCGGCCACUGAAACUACACCGAACCGCCAUUCAUUUCAAAUCUUUUACAAACUUCUCUGUUCGUGCAUCCGCUGUUGGAGCCAGUGAUUCCACUGUGACUCUGCUUGAUUAUGGUGCUGGUAAUGUUCAGAGUAUUAGAAAUGCAAUUCGUUAUCUAGGUCUGGAUAUCAAAGAUGUUCAAACACCAGAGGACAUUUUGAAUGCAAAACGUCUUAUAUUUCCUGGGGUUGGAGCUUUUGCUUCAAUGAUGGAUGUUUUAAACAAGAACGGGAUGGCUGAAGCUCUUCGGGCAUACAUCGAGAACGAUCGUCCAUUUUUAGGCAUUUGUCUCGGUCUGCAUUUACUCUUUGAGUCAAGUGAAGAAAACGGGCCUGUGAAAGGUCUAGGUUUGAUUCCUGGGGUGGUUGGACGUUUCGAUUCUUCUAAUGGUUGCAGAGUGCCUCAUAUCGGUUGGAACGCUCUGCAAAUUAAAAACGAUUCAGUUAUUUUGGAUGAAAUUGCAAAUCGCCAUGUGUAUUUUGUUCAUUCUUACCGAGCUGUUCCCUCAGAAGAAAAUGAAGAGUGGAUUUCAUCCACCUGCAAUUACGGGAUUGACUUCAUAUCAUCUAUUAGAAGGGGAAAUGUACACGCGGUUCAGUUUCACCCGGAGAAAAGUGGAGAUGUUGGUCUUUCAAUAUUGCGAAAGUUCUUGUUGCCAAAUUCAUCCAUAACUAAGAAGUCAUUUGAAGGGAAGGCUACAAAGCUUGCAAAGAGGGUAAUUGCUUGUUUGGAUGUGAGAACAAAUGAUAAUGGCGAUCUUGUUGUUACAAAAGGUGAUCAAUAUGAUGUGAGAGAACAGACAAAAGAGAAUGAGGUGAGGAACCUGGGUAAGCCAGUUGAACUUGCUGGACAGUAUUACUUAGACGGUGCUGACGAGGUUAGCUUUUUGAAUAUCACCGGGUUUCGUGAUUUCCCUCUGGGUGAUUUGCCAAUGUUGCAGAUUUUGAGGUACACAUCAGAGAAUGUUUUUGUACCAUUGACAGUUGGCGGUGGCAUUCGAGAUUUCACGGAUGCGAAUGGCAGGUAUUAUUCUAGUUUGGAAGUUGCUUCAGAGUAUUUCAGAUCUGGCGCAGAUAAGAUUUCUAUCGGAAGUGAUGCUGUUUAUGCUGCAGAAGAGUAUUUAAAAACAGGAGUAAAAACUGGUAAGAGCAGCUUAGAACAAAUUUCCAGAGUCUACGGAAAUCAGGCAGUGGUUGUAAGCAUCGACCCUCGUAGACAAUAUUUGACCAGUCCUUAUGAAGUUGGAUUUAAAUCAGUUAAAGUAACAAACUUGGGACCAAACGGUGAAGAGUAUGCCUGGUAUCAGUGUACAGUUAAUGGUGGAAGAGAGGGUCGACCAAUAGGAGCUUAUGAGCUUGCAAAAGCCGUUGAAGAACUAGGAGCUGGAGAAAUAUUGCUCAACUGUAUUGACUGUGAUGGUCAAGGAAAGGGAUUUGAUAUUGAUCUGAUAAAACUGAUAUCUGAUGCUGUGAGCAUUCCUGUAAUUGCAAGUAGCGGUGCAGGAAAAGCCGAACAUUUUUCCGAGGUUUUUUCACAAACUAAUGCUUCUGCAGCUCUUGCUGCUGGGAUUUUUCACAGGAAAGAGGUACCGAUUCAGUCAGUAAAAGACCAUUUGUUGAAGAAAGGCAUUGAAGUAAGGAUGUAGCUUCCCAUUCAGCAAUAAGAUAACUUGCGAAGAGUGAUCAUGUUUUUGAGAACUUGUUUUGUUACCAAAUGUAUUUUGUUAACAUGAGAACUUGUUUUGUUACCAAAUGUAUUUUGUUGUGGAAAGAAGUGACGGAAACAAUCAUUUGUAUGUUCCAAGUGAAGUUGGGCUUGGAUGGUGCGUCGGUCAAUUUUUUGUACAAUGUUUCGAAAAUCUUUCCGACUUUGUAGUCCAACCGGUAAAA